CUGUAAUCAAUUAGUACAUAGGGAAAAGUAGGUAGUAGUAGGCAGGCACAUGUUAUGCAUUGAUCGAUUGGGUGAGAUGGAUGGAGGGGUUGAGGGGUAAUUGCUUCAAUGCUCCCAGCGAUUUCACCAUCCUGCCUGUAACUUUGCUCUUCAAUACUGAGCUCUACAAAAAGCAACCAACUUCAAACUUCAAACUCUACCACUUCACAUUCAAUUACCUUGCAUUCAAUACCAACAACCCCUCAUCAAAUCCAAGCACACAGAAACAAUGGCUGUCCCUCCCAAGUUCGCCGGCCACAAGCUCGAGUUCGCCCCUCCAACAGCUUCAUCCUCCUCCGUCCCGCGCGCAACUCACACCUUUGAGCUCUUCCUCGACUACACCUGCCCCUUCUCCGCAAAAAUCUUCAACACGCUCACCACCCAAGUCUUCCCCGUCGUGCGCGAGACUCCCGCCUGGGCCAACAGCCUCACCGUCGUCUUCCGCCAGCAGGUCCAGCCGUGGCACCCGUCGUCGACGCUGACCCACGAGGCUGGGCUCGCCGUCCUGCGCCUCGCCCCCGAGAAAUUCUGGGCCUUUAGCGGCGAGCUGUUUGCCGCGCAAAAGGACUUCUUCGACAUCAGCGUCGUCAACGAGACGCGCAACCAGACGUACCGCCGCUUGGCGAAAGUGGCCGCCAAGGUGGGCGUCAGCGAGGAGGAGGUCUACAAGCUGCUGGCCAUUCCCGAGAAGGGCGGCGACGAUGGCGCUUUGAAUGUUGGCAAUGCUGUCACCAACGACCUCAAGGUUGUCACCAAGAUGAACCGCUUAGUGGGUGUUCAUGUCACUCCUACUGUUGUGUUCGAUGGUGUUGUUCAGGACACCAGCUCUGGCUGGACUGUAGACCAGUGGAAGGAGUUUUUCACCAAGAACAUUGCGUAAAUGGAUGUGAAGGAUCUGUCAUUGUUUUAGCAAUUGAAAAAUGAACUCAAUUCAUGCUUUUGCUCUUGUGAAAUGAAGAUAGGACCCGUUAAUGUGAGAAUCCAGCUAUUAUUGUUCAGUAGAGCAAUUACAGUAGCUCAGUAAUGGAGAGUGAU